AUGUUCCUGGUGUGUAAGGACAGCGGCUCGAAGCACCUGGUUCUCUGUGUCCACUUUCCCUCCCGGAAUGAGGGCUCAUCUGAGGUGCUUGAAUAUACCAUUAAAGAGGAAAAAUCGAUCUUGUACCUGGAAGGCUCAGUCCUUGUGUUUGAGGACAUCUUCAGACUGGUCGCGUUCUACUGUGUCAGUAGAGACUUAUUGCCCUUCACGCUGAGGCUACCCCCGGCCAUCCUCGAGGCUCAAACCUUCACAGACCUGGAGACCAUCUCCAACCUGGGCCUGGGCUUUUGGGACUCCUCGCUGAACCCCCGGCAAGCAGCAGGGAGCCCAGUGGAGCCCCCCAGAGACCUGGCUCCUGGGGCGCCUCCAGCCUCCAGCCUCAGGCCCGCGGCCCACUCCGCAGACUGUCCCUGCGAAAUCCAGCUGGCGGUGGGGAAUGACCGUUUGUGGUUUGUGAACCCCAUCUUCAUUGAGGACUGCAGCAGCACCCAGCUCGCUCACCCACCACCCCCUGGAAGCUGCCCGGUGCGCCUGUUGCCACCUAGCUCCAACGCUACCUCACCUGCCUCCCGGCAGGCCCCUCGCCGCCCCCCACCUCCGCCCCCAGCACCCCCUGUCAAUCCCCCCGGCCCAGCUCGACCUCCUCCCAUCUCCCCUCCUCCACUCCCUGCUCCCGCUCUUCCUUGCCCAUCACACCUUUCUUCCCCUGUGGCUGGUGCUCCUCACUCCCUGGAAGCCCUUGCUUCCACACCCCCAAUUUCUGCUCCCCACCUUGCACCCCAUGCCCCAGACCCCCCAGACCUUCCAAGCCAGCCAGCCAUGACAGCCUGCAAGAGGCUCCCACACCCUGCCCCAGGCCUGGGCCACCUCAGGGAGGAAGAGAUGAAGCCGGGAGCUACCCCCAGCCCCCUACAGCAGGCCCCUGCUCCUCCACAGCCCACGAAGAAGGGCCUCCCUGCCGCACCCCCCAGGCGUCACCUCUCCGAGAGGGUAUCCCUAGAGGACCUCAACUCAAGGAAGGCAGACAGGGGGAUGGCAUCAGAGGCGGACCAGCUAGGCCCUUCCAGGGCAACCUCGCUUAGCCUGCCUCUCCAGGGGACCUCAGACAGUUCUGCGGACAGGCCUCAGAGGACCACAGAGCAACUCCAGAAAGGGGAGGCCAAAGCUAGUGGCCUGGGCAGCAUGCAGGAGCCACCAAGGAAAACCAAGCAGCCCCCAGUGCCACCCCCCAGGAAGAAGUGCAUCUCUCGGCAGCUGGCCUCAGCCCUCCCAAGUCCCUUGGAGAGCUCGGAGCCCUCCACGGAGGAGGUGGCCCCUGAGAAGCCCCGACCUGGGCCACCCAGGGAAAGCCCAAGCCCUGUUCCCCAGGCGGGCACUGAGGACCUGCACGCCCAGGCCGGUACACAACCCCAGAGCUCCCCAGAGUUCCAAGGCUCCGUGGCCUCCCUCUCCGACAGCCUGGGCGUGCCCGCCUCGGCCGCGGACCAGGACUCGUACUCUACCAGCAGCACGGAGGAGGAGCUGGAGCAGUACAGCAGUCCCGGGAUGAAGAAGACGCCCGCCAUGAUCCUGGGCAAAGCGCGGCACCGGCUGAGCUUUGCCAGCUUCACCAGCGUCUUCCACGCCUUUCUCUCCAACAACCGCAAGCUGUACAAGAAGGUGGUGGAGCUGGCUCAGGACAAGACCUCGUACUUUGGCAACCUGGUGCAGGACUACAAGGUGUACAGCCUGGAAAUGAUGGCGCACCAGGCCUCCAGCACCGAGAUGCUGCAGGAGAUCCGAACAAUGAUGACCCAGCUCAAGAGCUACCUACUGCAGAGCACCGAGCUCAAGGCCCUGGUGGACCCCACCCUGCACGUGGAGGAAGAGCUCGAAGCAAUUGUGGAGUCGGCCUUGUACAAGUGUGUCCUGAAACCCCUGAAAGAAGCCAUCAACGCCUGUCUGCAUGAGAUCCACAGCAAGGACGGCUCGCUGCAGCAGCUCAAGGAGAACCAGCUGGUGGUCCUGGCCACCACCACCACCGACCUGGGCGUGACGACCAGCGUGCCGGAGGUGCCCAUCAUGGAGAAGAUCCUGCAGAAGUUCAGCAGCAUGCACAAGGCCUACUCGCCCGAGAAGAAGAUCGCCAUCCUACUCAAAACCUGCAAGCUCAUCUAUGACUCCAUGGCCCUCGGCAACCCAGGCAAGCCCUAUGGGGCCGACGACUUCCUGCCCGUGCUGAUGUACGUCCUGGCCCGCAGCAACCUCACGGAGAUGCUUCUCAACGUGGAGUACAUGAUGGAGCUCAUGGACCCCGCCCUGCAGCUGGGGGAGGGUUCCUACUAUUUGACCACCACCUACGGGGCCCUGGAACACAUCAAAAACUACGACAAGAUCACGGUGACCCGGCAGCUGAGCGUGGAAGUGCAGGACUCCAUCCACCGCUGGGAGCGCCGGCGCACACUCAACAAGGCGCGCGCCUCGCGCUCCUCAGUGCAGCAUCCCACUCACCCCCCUGGCUCCAUCAACCAGCUACUCAUGAUUUCCCGAACCUGCUGCACUCCACACCCUCCCCCUCAGCCUCUGCCCUUGCUGGUCCUUCUCCCCUUCUUAACCAGCUCUCUGCUGCCCAUCCUUUAA